UGCGCGCGGUUGUGGCGAGGGUGGGGGGCGCGAGGAGCCCGCGUGCGUGCUUGGUGGGGAGCGCGCGCCUGCUCGCUUGCGUGACGGGCUGGGAAAGUGUCGGUGGUGGUGCACGCGCCCGCCCGCCGGUAAAGCGCUUAUCGCCACCGUUACCCCCGGAGUGCGGGUCGGGGUCGCGCGUGCUUCCCCCCGCGCGCGUGCACCGCGAGGAACGAGGCGGCGCUGCCUCCUGCCGCUACCCCGGCCCCUGCAUGGUGCCCGCUCCGCCUCGCUAGCCGGAGCCGCGGCCGGAGGGAGCGAGGCGGGCGGGGUCGCGGAUCCCGAAGCCAGCGUGAGCCGCGCGGGGCGGCCGCGGCCCGCAGGAGCAGCGGGGAUUCCCGGCGUGGCCGCGGGAGCCCCCGGGCGGCGGCGGCUGAGGAGGCUGGGAUUGAAGGUGGUGCCCGGCGGGGAGCGCGGAGGGGAUCGUGCCCGCGGGCCCCCCUCCCCCGGGCCGCCUCUCCGGCGGGUCCCCCCCUGCCUGGACCAUGGCCGACGACGACGUGCUGUUCGAGGACGUGUACGAGCUGUGCGAGGUGAUCGGCAAGGGUCCAUUCAGUGUUGUGCGGCGAUGUAUCAACAGAGAAACUGGGCAACAGUUUGCUGUCAAGAUUGUCGAUGUAGCAAAAUUCACCUCAAGUCCUGGAUUAAGUACAGAAGAUCUGAAGAGGGAAGCCAGUAUCUGUCACAUGCUGAAGCAUCCCCAUAUUGUUGAAUUAUUGGAGACAUACAGUUCAGAUGGAAUGCUUUAUAUGGUUUUCGAAUUUAUGGAUGGAGCAGAUCUGUGUUUUGAAAUUGUAAAGAGAGCAGAUGCUGGUUUUGUGUACAGUGAAGCCGUAGCCAGUCAUUACAUGAGACAGAUACUGGAAGCUCUACGUUACUGUCAUGAUAAUAACAUAAUUCACAGGGAUGUGAAGCCACACUGCGUGCUACUUGCUUCAAAGGAGAAUUCAGCACCUGUAAAGCUUGGUGGUUUUGGGGUAGCUAUUCAGUUAGGGGAGUCUGGACUAGUAGCUGGAGGACGUGUAGGAACACCUCAUUUUAUGGCCCCAGAAGUAGUAAAAAGAGAACCCUAUGGGAAGCCUGUAGAUGUUUGGGGUUGUGGAGUGAUCCUUUUUAUUCUACUAAGUGGUUGUUUGCCUUUUUAUGGAACCAAGGAAAGAUUAUUUGAAGGCAUUAUUAAAGGAAAAUAUAAGAUGAAUCCCAGGCAAUGGAGCCAUAUCUCUGAAAGUGCCAAAGAUCUGGUACGCCGCAUGCUUAUGCUGGACCCAGCUGAAAGGAUAACCGUUUAUGAGGCCCUGAAUCAUCCUUGGCUGAAGGAGAGGGAUCGCUAUGCAUACAAGAUUCAUCUUCCAGAAACAGUAGAGCAACUGAGGAAAUUCAAUGCAAGAAGGAAACUAAAGGGGGCAGUACUAGCAGCAGUAUCAAGCCACAAAUUCAAUUCCUUCUAUGGGGAUCCCCCUGAAGAGCUGCCAGACUUCUCUGAAGACCCUACCUCCUCAGGACUUCUAGCAGCAGAAAGAGCAGUCUCACAGGUGCUGGACAGCCUGGAGGAAAUUCAUGCGCUUACAGACUGCAGUGAAAAAGAUUUAGAUUUUCUACACAGUGUUUUUCAGGAUCAGCAUCUUCACACACUACUAGAUCUUUAUGACAAAAUUAACACAAAAUCUUCACCACAAAUCAGGAAUCCUCCAAGUGAUGCUGUGCAGAGAGCCAAAGAGGUAUUGGAAGAAAUUUCAUGUUACCCAGAGAACAAUGAUGCAAAAGAGCUAAAACGUAUUUUAACACAACCUCAUUUCAUGGCCUUACUUCAAACUCAUGAUGUAGUGGCACAUGAAGUUUACAGUGACGAAGCUUUGAGAGUUACGCCUCCUCCCACCUCUCCAUACUUAAACGGAGAUUCUCCAGAGAGCGCCAACGGUGACAUGGAUAUGGAGAAUGUAACACGAGUCCGACUGGUACAGUUCCAGAAGAACACAGAUGAACCAAUGGGAAUCACUUUAAAAAUGAAUGAGCUGAACCAUUGCAUUGUUGCAAGAAUUAUGCAUGGAGGAAUGAUUCACAGGCAAGGUACACUCCAUGUAGGGGAUGAAAUCCGAGAAAUAAAUGGAAUCAGUGUAGCAAACCAAACAGUGGAACAACUACAAAAAAUGCUUAGGGAAAUGCGGGGGAGCAUCACGUUUAAGAUUGUGCCAAGUUAUCGGACUCAGUCUUCAUCCUGUGAGAGAGAUUCCCCCUCUACAUCCAGACAGUCCCCAGCUAAUGGUCAUAGCAGCACUAACAAUUCUGUUUCGGACUUGCCAUCAACAACACAACCAAAAGGACGACAGAUAUAUGUAAGAGCACAAUUUGAAUAUGAUCCAGCAAAGGAUGACCUCAUCCCCUGCAAAGAAGCUGGCAUCAGAUUCAGAGUUGGAGACAUUAUCCAGAUCAUUAGCAAAGAUGAUCAUAACUGGUGGCAGGGUAAACUGGAGAACUCCAAAAAUGGUACUGCAGGUCUCAUUCCUUCUCCUGAGCUUCAAGAAUGGCGAGUAGCUUGUAUUGCCAUGGAGAAGACCAAACAGGAGCAGCAGGCCAGCUGUACUUGGUUUGGAAAGAAAAAGAAGCAGUACAAAGACAAAUACUUGGCAAAGCACAAUGCAGUAUUUGAUCAAUUAGAUCUCGUCACAUAUGAAGAAGUAGUAAAACUGCCAGCAUUCAAAAGGAAAACACUAGUCUUACUAGGUGCACAUGGUGUGGGAAGAAGACACAUAAAAAAUACACUCAUCACAAAACACCCAGACAGAUUUGCAUACCCUAUUCCACACACAACCAGACCUCCCAAAAAAGAUGAAGAAAAUGGAAAGAAUUAUUACUUUGUAUCGCAUGACCAAAUGAUGCAGGAUAUAUCCAACAAUGAAUAUUUGGAAUAUGGCAGCCAUGAGGACGCAAUGUAUGGGACAAAACUGGAAACAAUACGGAAGAUCCAUGAGCAGGGACUAAUUGCAAUACUUGAUGUAGAGCCUCAGGCACUGAAGGUCCUGAGAACUGCAGAGUUUGCCCCUUUUGUUGUUUUUAUUGCUGCACCUACGAUUACCCCAGGCAUUAAUGAGGAUGAAUCUCUUCAGCGCCUGCAAAAGGAAUCUGAGAUCUUACAGAGAACAUAUGCACACUACUUUGAUCUAACAAUUAUCAACAAUGAAAUUGAUGAAACAAUCAGGCAUCUGGAGGAAGCCAUUGAGCUUGUUUGUACAGCAUCACAGUGGGUUCCAGUCUCCUGGGUCUAUUAGGCCUUUCACCAGAUAACUGAAGAAUUUUAUCAAUACUGGGAACCACCUCAUACAUGGAAAACCUCUUUGUUAUUGACCUUGUGUCAACAGAUCUUGGCCCCUAGAGACUACCUAGAUGUAGUGUGACCUAAAUUUAUAAUUAUUGUCAUGUCCUAAUAGAUAGGAGGAGAAAAAAAAUUAAACACUAAUUUAAAGAGACAGUAUCUUUUUUAAUCAGUUCUCCUAAACUUUAAUAAAAUAUAUGUUUCAAUAUAUGUAUUAUUCAAUCCUUUGGAAUGUUAUAUUUUUGGAAAUCAUAGCUUAUUAUUUCAAAGCCCCUAAAAACUGCACAAAAUAGAUGCUGCUUUCUAUAAUCUAUUUUAAUAAUAAUAAUAAUAAAUGAUUCUGUUACCUUAACUUGGGGGUGGAACACUACAUUCUAUUUAGAGUCUGAUUUUAUGGAUUGGGAUACCUUGCUUUCCUUUAUUUAUUUGAAAUAAUUAGUCUAAUGAUUGCAAAACAAAUUCAUAAAUUUUAAAGGCCUUUCUUUGCUUUUUUUUUUUUUUAGAAUAGUAUUUUUAAGUAUUUUUAUGUAACAUCCAGAUAAUGUGAUACUGUCUCUUUGAAGAACUCUGUAAACCUUUUAGAGAUUUGAAAUUGGGUCUUGACUCUUAAUGCAUGUGGACAGUCGCAAGCGUUCAUGCCGUUGGUGUAUCUGUGUUGAAAAAAAACCUGUAAUCUACAGCAAAAUACAUUCCGUUCAUGGGAAAACGUACCCAAGGGAAUAAAAUAAAAAUAUUAUUAUGACUAAGUUGUAAACCUAUGCACAUCCCUUGCAUUUUGGGCAACUUUAUAAAAAAAACUGAUUUUUAUUAAUAAUAAUCAUGUAGUGAAAUGUGUUUGUAAUUUUGUCUCAAUUUAAUUUGUUGUAAGGUGGGCGGGGGAAAUUACUGGUUUCACCAUUUCAGAUCUGUGUUGUCUGAGAGUAUUAACGUUUUAAUUAAGUUUAAGCAAAGAAAUGCUGAUUUUUAAUAUGUAUGUAAUGUUUAAAAAAUGCACACAUUUUAAGAGAAAAUACUGUGCAAUGAAGAAACCAGUUUAAGCAAUGCGAUAAACUGGCUAUUCCAAAAGACUCAUCUACAACAGCCCUGUAAAUUCCUUAAAAAUGGUAACUGACUCUACAGUCUGACCAAUUUUUUUUAUUUUAAAUAUACUUCCUUUUAUGUGUUCAACAA